CGGUUUUCACUCACGUGACCAAUGCCCUGACAACCGUUGCUAUCCGCCAUGUUGGUGUACAAACAAACACAGUUGUGAAGAAGUAAGUCGUGAUGGUUCUGUGCUUAUUCGUGGAUUGCCAUUCAAGAAGCGGGCGAGAUAAAGAUAUUUCCUUCUUUAGAGUGCCUUCAAUUGUCACUAAUCAUGGCGAGGAAGCCGAGGAGCUCUCCUUAGAGCGACGAACGCAGUGGAUAGCUGCUAUAAGCAGAGAUGACUUGACGGAGCAAAUCCUAAAAAAUGACCGUGUUUGUAGCCGUCAUUUCGUCUCAGGUCAGCCAGCAAAAGACUUUGAUAAGUUCAAUAUUGAUUGGGUGCCAACGCUAAAUCUGGGACAUUCAAAGAGAGAUAAGAAAGGUAGCAGUAAAGCAGACCAGGAUCGGGCGGAGCGAGCUAAAGGUAGACGAAAGAAGAAGUUGAACGAGACAAAAGCAGAAAUCGAGGAGAAGAAACUCCGCUUGAAUGAUGAAGGAACUCAAGCUUGCAAUAUAUCCUUUAUAACUUUAAGCAGUGAUCAGGGUUUAUCAAAAGAAGAAAUUCAGGAAACAGGGGAAAUUGAUGUGUCGUUCGCCGAUCAAAGCAUUGCUGAAAAUGAGAAAAGUUGUCAGACCGAAGCCAAAAGUUUUGGCGACAUGUGUACUCAGACUGACGUUUUACGGCGAAAACUUUAUAAUGCAAGCUCACAGACAGAGGACUUCGAUUAUCUGUUUACGUCAAAUAAGAGAAUCGUCGAAUUUAACGAAGAGUUUUUCCGGAAUAGCGACGAUAAAGUACUGUUUUACACUGGUCUCCCCUCAUAUGAAAUUCUGAACUUUGUGUUUGAACUCGUGUCACCGUCUGCACCUCGCCGUUCUCAAUCGCUGAGUCCUUUUCAAGAACUUGUUAUGGUCCUGAUUAAAUUGAGAUUGGAUGUACCGUUUCAAGACCUAGCUUAUCGCUUUAACAUCUCAGUUCCCACAGUCUCCAGGACAUUUCAUUCGUGGUUGAUGACUAUGGACAUAAGGUUAUCCCCAUUAAUCCAUUGGCCUGAUCGUGAAAGUCUCAUAAGUACAAUGCCACAAUGCUUCAAGUUCAGCUUUGGAACGAAAACUACAGUAAUAAUUGACUGCUUUGAAAUUUUUAUUGAAAAACCCACUAAUUUACUUGCCAGAGCCCAAACAUUCAGUUCCUACAAGCACCACAACACCAUCAAGGUGCUGAUUGGUAUCACCCCACAAGGUACCAUUUCAUAUGUUUCUGAGGCUUGGGGUGGUCGUACUUCGGACAAAUUUUUGACUGAAAACUGUGGGAUAUUGAGUAAGUUGGUUCCUGGGGACAUGGUGAUGGCUGAUCGUGGCUUCACUAUACACGAGAGUGUUGCCUUCAAGAGGGCAAAACUAGUAAUUCCAGCAUUUACGAAAGGCAAGGAUCAACUUGACCCAGUUGAUGUUGAAACAACCAGGGGUAUUGCCUGUGUCCGCAUCCAUGUGGAAAGAGUCAUAGGUCUUUUACGUAGCAAGUACACAAUACUACAAGGGACACUUCCCACUGAUUUUUUAAUGAGCAAUCCUCAUGGAUCUCUGGAAGAAAGAAUCCCUGCAAUUGAUCGAGCAAUUAAGGUUUGUUCUGCUCUUGUUAAUUUGUGUCCCCCAAUAAUACCGUUUGAUUAGGCUAAUCCAAUUUAUUAUUCAUAGAUAAAGAACCAGUCAAACUCUAGAAUAUUGCAUUCAAUUUUCGGGUUUGUCAAUAAAAUGUUCAGAAGGGGAAAACUUCUCAAAACUGGGGUGCAUUGUUUUUGUUCGACAGUUUGAGAUGGACCAUGAGUUUCAGUAGCUUUACACUAUAAUAUAAAAUUAGACAUUACUUUUGACAUAGUUAGUGCUUAUAUGUCACUUUAAUGUUUGUAAUCCUUACCUACUAUAUUGUUGCUGUUUGCAUUUUUAGCCCUAAAUUAGUUUCACUUUAUAGAAUGUACAGAGAAGUUCCAUUAGAAAGUUAUUAUCAUUGUUUCAUUGGAAAAUUUUUUAUCUUUGUUUGUUUGGAUGAAAUAAAAUAUUAUUUUGCUUUGAUUAAAAGAAACUGUAACAGGCUAUUUAAGCUUAACCAUGACUGUAUUGUUUAGAAUUCUACACUUGUUUUGGAUAACUUGACUAAAGAAGGCAGUUCAUCGUUAAAUCUGAGGAUUGCGAUGACUUGAUCACUGACUUAAUCCUUUAUCUUAACCCUUUGACUGCCAAGAUCUGCUUAUGAAUAUGUCCUUGUGGAUUGGUUAGGAGAAUUUGAUGUUCAAUCGAGGUAACUACUUGUACCUGAUAACUUUGAGUAUUCUCAUUACCUGUUUGCUGGAUCAUAUAUGGAUAUUGUAGGGAGAAUUCACAGGUUAAUCACUCCUGGGAGUUAAAGGGUUAACAAUACCUUUUCCUUUGCAUUAACAGUCUUUUGUUUGACAAGAACUGGAACUGUUACAGCUUAUAUCAAGCAUACAUAUCAAUUUUUAGUACUUUGUCUAUAAUAAACUUGUAUUAUACAGUAAAA